AUGCAAAGAAUGUCUUGCAGAGGGACAAGAGGUGCCACAGGACUCCCGGGCAGGAAAAUGAAGCGUGUGUUCAUUCUCCUGCUGGCUAUAGCAUUUGUUCACACUCUAGAGAGAGGUCGUGAUUAUGAAAAGAAUAAAGUCUGCACAGAGCUCCGCAAUCUGGGAAAAGAUGAUUUUAGAUCUUUAUCUAUGGUCCUAUACAGCCGAAAAUUCCCCAGUAGUACAUUUGGACAGGUCCGUGAGCUUGUGAAAGAAGUUGUGUCCUUGACUGAAGAAUGCUGUGCAGAGGAAGCAGACCCUGAUUGCUACGACACCAGGACUUCAGCCUUGUCUGCCAAGUCGUGUGAAAGUGACAGUCCGUUCCCAGUGCACCCAGGAACCUCUGAGUGCUGUGACGAAGAGGGUUUGGAACGGAAGCUCUGUAUGGCAGCCCUGAAACACCCACCACAAGAGUUUCCUACCUAUGUAGAACCAACAAAUGAUGAAUUAUGUCAUGCAUUCAGGCACGACCCCAAGGAAUUUGCAGACCAAUUUAUAUAUGACUAUUCUGUUAACUAUGGACAAGCACCUCUACUACUUUUAGUCAGUUAUGUGAAGAGUUAUCUUUCUAUGGUGGGAUCCUGCUGCACUUCUUCAAAUCCAAAUGCAUGCUUUUUGAAAGAGAGACUACAGGUUAAACAUUUAUCACUUUUGACCACUAUAUCAAACAGAAUCUGUUCACAACAUGUUGCUUAUGGAAAAGAAAAAUCAAGACUCAGCCAUCUCAUAAAAUUAGCUCAAAAAGCACCUACUGCUGAUCUGGAAGAUGUUUUGCCAUUAGCUGAAGAUGUUACUAAAGUCCUUACUAACUGCUGUGAGUCUACCUCUGAGGACUGCAUGGCAAAGGAGCUUCCUGAACAUGUAGUAAAACUCUGUCAAAACUUAUCCACAAAGAAUUCUAAAUUUGAGGAUUGUUGUCAAGAAAAAACACCCAUGGAUAUUUUUGUGUGCACUUACUUCAUGCCAGCUGCCCAGCCACUCACGCUGCCCCCUGUUGAACUACCUACAAAUACAGAUGUGUGUGAUAAAGCAAACACCAACGUCAGAGAAAAAUAUAUAUUUGAACUAAGCAGAAGGACUCAUAUUCCAGAAGUGUUCCUCAGUAAAGUCCUUGAAUCAACAUUGAAAGCCCUUGAUGAAUGUUGUCACUCUCCAGACUCUACUGCCUGUUUUAAAGACAAGGGACCUCUAAUGAAGAAAGAACUAUCUUCUUUCAUUAAAAAGGGACAAGAAAUAUGUGCUGAUUAUUCAGAAAACACAUUUACUGAAUACAAGAAAAAGUAA